AGAGCGUGGGUCUCGUGGAGUCAGUGGAUCUGAUGGCGAUCCUGGUGACAAGGGUGACACUGGUCCACUGGGUCCCCCAGGGGUGGCAGGUCCUCCUGGCCCUCCGGGACCAAGAGGGGACAGGGGACCGGUCGGCGAAAGAGGAACCCCCGGUUCUCCGGGUGAUCCAGGACCGCAAGGAUUGCCGGGACUUCAAGGACCGCGCGGAAACACUGGUCCAAAAGGAGAGAAAGGAUUGCAAGGAUCCCAGGGAGAAAAAGGAGACAAGGGAUGGCCUGGUUUCUUCGGUCCUACGGGAGUUGCUGGCCCAUCUGGUGAUAAGGGUGACGUUGGUCCUCCCGGACCCCAGGGUUUCCCAGGACCCAAAGGUGACAGAGGUGAGGACGGGGACGACGGACCUGCCGGACCACCAGGGCCGUCAGGGCCUAGGGGAAGCACUGGUCUACAGGGUACCAAGGGAGACAGAGGACCACAAGGAGAAAGGGUAGGUUUUGAAAAGAGUU